AUGUUCGGGACAUUAGUAUCGACUCAAUCGGAAUCGGAGCCAUUUAUCUCCCAUGUGAUUAGACCACCGUUUGAGAGCGAUCGCGAGUUGAAGCACUUGGCAUGUUUGGCGUGUCGCACAAAGAAGCUGAAAUGCACCGGAGAGCGAACGGGAUGUCAGCGGUGUCUUGAUCGAGGACUUCCUUGCGAGUACCAAGAAGCUAACCCUCAUCGAGGUCGACGUCCUCGAGGGGCCAGCUUGAAUAACAACAAGAACAACGGAGAGGUCGAAGAUUCGACAGAUCAAUCCUCCGCUUCUGCUGCACCGAAGAAUUCGGACGGUUCGAGAAGAGCAAGUCAUUCAUCGGAAGCAGCAAAAGCCCGCAUUAGGUACAGAGAAGAGAAAGAGCAAGGUGGAAGAAGGAGUGAGGGGCCCGGUAGUUUGAAUGGAGGCACACCUCAUGCCACAUCGGACCUGGGCGAAGACGGAUUGGACCCCGAGCUCUUGACCAGCAUGCACGAGCCAGCAACAGAAUUAGGGGCCGAAGUGCAGCUUUCAGACAUACCCAUGACACCCGAUGAUGAUUUAUCCAGCCUGCUACCUGACUUCGGCCAUACAGACUUUGCCAGCAACGACGUCAACCAGGACUUGCUCUUCCUUUCACAGCUGGCUGCUUCCAGUACGCCGGAGCUCGUGAACCAGUCGUAUCCUCCCAACCCUAGUCCCGCCAUGCCACGUCUCUCUUCUUCAACAUCCCGUCUAGGGAUCCCGGGGAUAUCCCAAUUAGCCAGUAGCCCGAGCAUCGCAAAUCUGCACAUGCCCUCGUGCACAUGUCUCCAGUCUACCCUGACCCUCUAUGAAAGUAUCCGCGCCGUGCAGUGGCGUGCCCAAUGUGGUGCCAGCGCGGGUCUUUCGCGCGAAAUGGCUCAUCUGAUCCUUAAAGCCUGCAAAUUGGCCUUAAAUCAGUGCCAUCGGCUCAUCGGCUGCUCCUCAUGCAAGCGUGAGCCACUGUUCGUGAUGUUGCUCUGUUCUGUCUGCGACCAGUGUCUGACCUGUUUUGAGACCUUUCACGACUCGCACCAAAGGCGAUUGCGAAGUAGGAGUAUGACCUCCUCGUCGACCGGAAGCAGUUUCGUCAAUGCAUCCGAGGCGCGCUCGGAAAUGGAUCAGCUUGGGGAGAUUGUGCAACUGGCCAAUUUGCCGUUUGGCGAUGUGCCGGUAUUGUUGGAUGAUGAGGAUGAUAUCAACAUGACUUGUAGCUUGUUGACCACGCGGGUGGCCUCGAUGGUGAGCCUGCUGCGGUUAUUGGGGCCGAUAAUUGAUGGUUGUGGGUGGAGGACCCAUCAUGAUACUUUCUCGGUGUUGCAGAAGCGGUGUCAGGGACUGGCGUAUACAUUGCAGACCAAAUCUAAAGCCCGGUAG